AAUAAUCCAAUGUCCGAACAAAAAAUAUCUUUAAUUAUCAUUGUUCUUUCUCAAAACCCAGUUUUAAUGUUUUUCUUUCCAUAACAUAAAACAUUUUCAUCAUUUUCAUAAAAAACUUUUUCAAAAAAAUAAACUGUUUCUGUUCCAUUUUUAUAUUUUUCUCGCAAUUCGUUGCGAGAAAAAUCAUCUUGUUAUGGCUCCAAAUCUCAAUAGUAAUAGCAAGGUUUCUGCUUCUUCUUCUUCUGCAUCUUCUAUUUUAUCUUUUUCUUCUCCAUUUUUACCUUUAUUUGAAAAUAAGAAAGAUCCUGGCAAAAAAAAGGAUGACAAGGAUAAAGACAAGGACAAAGCGCAAUCACCAUCUAAGUCCGAUCCUCCGGAAAGUUCUCCGUCACACUCGCCACCACCACCAAAGCCUCAUUCACCGCCUAAAGUUUUACCUCCACCACCGUCACCACCACUACCGUCACCACCACCACCCUCUCCACCACCAAACUCACCUCCACCACCAUCACCGCCACCUCCGUCGUUAUCUCCAUCUCCAGCUUUACCUCCUCCACCACCAUUGCCCAAUGUGCAAUAUUCUGCUUCUGCUUUAUCAUCUCCUCCUAAUUCUCUCCGUAAACAACCACCUCCGUCACUGCCUCCCCCGGAGAAAUCUCCUACAUCUUCAUCAUCAUCAUCAUCAUCAUCAUCAUCGUCCUCUUCUUCUUCUUCUUCUACAUCCUCGAAGGAUUCGCCACAUAAAGCAAUGCAUGCAAAAUCAGGGAGUUCUCAUUCCUCUGGCCACACGCCCGGUGAAAUAGCUGCUUAUGCCAUUGCCGCAGUUUUGGUUGUCGCCAUAGUUGUGGCAGCUGUUUUUUUUGCGUUUAGGAAGAAGAAAACGAAAGGGGAUGCAUAUGUUGGACCCUAUAUACCACCCCCUGGUAGCUUCCACAUUAAAUCAAGUGCUAAUGGACAUUACUAUGUACAGCAACCUUCCCCUGGAAACAUCUAUGGCAAUGUGAACGUUGAAGGACGCAACACGAAGCACUUGGGAGGAGGAGGAGGUCCUUUAGAUCCGGCGCAGCCAAUAAGUGCUCAGAUAGCUUUUACUUAUGACAUGGUAAUGGAAAUAACAAAUGCAUUUUCUAGUCAAAAUGUGAUAGGGCAAGGAGGAUUUGGGUGUGUUUACAAGGGUUGGUUGCCGGACGGAAAAGAAGUGGCAGUCAAGACUCUUAAGGCUGGUAGCGGGCAGGGAGAUAGGGAGUUCAGGGCCGAAGUGGAGAUCAUUAGCCGUGUUCAUCAUCGGCAUUUGGUAUCGUUGGCUGGUUAUUGUAUAUCUGAGGAGCAAAGAGUGCUUAUCUACGAGUUUGUUCCUAAUGGAAAUCUUCAUCAUCACUUGCAUGGAAGUGGAAUGCCAGUGUUGGCUUGGGACAAGAGGCUAAAGAUAGCUAUUGGUGCUGCAAAAGGCCUGGCAUAUCUGCAUGAGGACUGCAGCCAAAAGAUUAUUCACAGAGAUAUUAAAUCCGCCAACAUACUAUUGGAUGAUGCUUUUGAAGCACAGGUUGCAGAUUUUGGACUUGCAAAGCUAGCUGAUGCUGCCCAUACGCAUGUAUCAACCAGGGUUAUGGGUACCUUUGGGUACAUGGCUCCAGAGUAUGCAACAAGUGGAAAAUUAACGGAUAGAUCAGAUGUUUUCUCAUUUGGGGUUGUCCUCCUUGAGCUUGUAACUGGAAGAAAACCAGUUGAUGAAAGUAGGCCUUUGGGAGAUGAGAGUUUGGUUGAGUGGGCUCGACCACAACUUAUCCAUGCUUUUGAGACACGCGAGUUUGGUGAACUAGUAGACCCGAGACUAGAAAAACACUACGUGGAGAGUGAAAUGUUCAGAAUGGUAGAGGCAGCUGCAGCUUGUGUUCGCCACUCAGCUCCUAAACGACCUCGUAUGUCUCAGGUGGUAAGAGCAUUAGACACUGGAGAUGAAGUAUUCGAUUUAUCAAACGGAGUGAAAUAUGGUCAGAGCACUGUUUAUGAUUCUCGACAGUAUGACAAAGACAUCAUGCUAUUCAGGAGGAUGGGCAAUGGCAGCUAUGUUGAUUCUGAAUUAUCAAUAUACAGUGGAGAAUCCAGUGUUUCAAGAGAACAUUCGAGAUCCCAUCAUGCAUGGAUGCACAGCGGUUCGAGUACCGAGUCAGAAUCAAGAGCAUUCAAUAGGAAUAGAAACAGUACUGAAUAAAUACAAAAGAAAUGCAUAAUGUGACACUCAAAAAAUAGGCACAAUCAAGUUGGAGUAAUGAAUUUCACAGAAUUCUCCUACUGGAGGCCUUGAACUGCAGGAUCAUAACACAGCAUGCUUUUCGUAUUACAAGGACUGACAAGAAUUUGAGCUAGAAUCAAUACUGUAUAAAAGCAUUACUUAAACUCUUUCCUCCCUCCAAUUUUUGUUCUAUUUAGUUUCCCGUUUCGUUUUUUAAUAUUAGGGGAUGAUGGCAGCUUGUAAAAAGAUAAGUUUUUGAGGAUACUCCUUAAUCAUUAGUAAUAGAGAUCUCUAAUUGUUGUUGGAUUCAGAAGAUUUGAAAUUC